AUGCUUACCUGUGGAAAUAUAUGCCGGCGUGUUUGGUCCUUUAUAAAAAACCGUUUUCUACUAUUGGUCUCCUUUAUCAAAGGAGAGUCCAACUGUUUUGAAAAUGACAUUGAAGGAAUGUCGAACGUGAAGAAACAAAGUUCUGCUGCUCCUCCAGGAGGGAAUGCACCUGUUGUUCACAAGGUAAUUAUGGUAGGAAGUGGAGGAGUAGGUAAAUCAGCUCUAACCCUUCAAUUUAUGUAUGACGAGUUUGUGGAAGAGUACGAACCAACGAAAGCAGAUUCAUAUCGUAAGAAAGUUGCUCUCGAUGGAGAAGAGUGCUCAAUAGAUAUCUUGGAUACUGCUGGCCAAGAAGAUUAUUCUGCUAUUAGAGAUAAUUAUUACCGCAGUGGAGAAGGAUUCAUUUGUGUUUUCUCAAUCUUGGAUAUGGAAUCAUUUGAAGCAACCAACGAAUUCCGUGAGCAAAUUCUUCGAGUAAAGAACUCAGACAACUCGGUACCGAUCAUUCUAGUUGGUAACAAAGCCGAUAUGAGAGAAGACCGUCUCGUACCUCUAGAACUUGCCAGACAAAGAGCUGAGCAAUGGGGCGUGAUGUAUAUUGAAACUUCUGCCAAACGAAGAGAAAAUGUCGACAAGGUGUUCUACGAUUUGAUGCGGGAAAUUAAAAGAAGAAAGGGAGGCACUCUAGGAAACGGAGGCGCGGGUCAUGAUGCAGGAACAAGUGGCUCCAGAACGAAGAAACGAGGAAUCAAGAAACACUGCAGUAUUCUCUGA